GUCAGUUGUAGAUUGGGGCGUAACUUCCGUGUGGGCGUGCGUUACCCUGUCGGAAGUGUGGAGGUCAAACGUAUUUAGAAAGUGUUUCAAAAACGGGAGGCAAUCAGAACGAUCUAUUCACAGAGUCGUUAGCCAUAGCCACAAUUUCGGUGUAGCUCUGCACCUUGCUUUCCACAUUUCUGUCUUUGGGAGCUGGAGUCACGGUCAUAGUGGUCAUAGUGGUCAUGUUUCAGUCCGUGCCCCGACGUCCACUCUGCGAGAUGAGUGUGAACACGGUCAGAGCUCAGAGCGCCAGGAGUUUUAGGAAAUCUGUGGAAUGCACGACGGCGCAACUAAAGAAGGUGCCAUGGCUGAACAAGAGCAUGGGUUUUUUCCUGUCGUUGCUUCAGAGAACAGGAGUAGGUACUAACGAGGCCUCUAGGUCCAGCCAAUGCAGGAAAGGAUUUCUAUCCAUCUUCGCGGACCAUUGUGGUUUUGUGACUGGCCAGAGGCUGCGGCGUGCAUGUCAGAUAGGAGAACUCUAUUCCAACAUAUAUUCUGAACGGACAAAGUGGACUCUAGUUGGGAACAUAUGGCGCAGAUUUCAGAGUAAGCACGCCCAAAGUGGGAAACUCAUUGCCGCCCUUGCUGGUGUCUUCAUGUGGGAUAAUGAGAAGAUUCAAGAUGAAGAGAUGCACAGGUGUGGACUAGAGCUUCAGACCCUGGACACCGCAACUCAUCUCAGUCCAUCUUCUGGGACAGUGGCUGGUCAUUCAGAACCUGGCUGGGAGAUUGUUAUGGACAAGAAAGACUUCAAAGUGUGGAGGCGACCAAUCCCCAACAGUCACCUGUAUGAAUACAGAGUGUUGGGCUCUUAUAAGGACGUUACCCCAAGGCAGUUCUUCAAUGUUCAGUUGGAUACGGAAUACAGAAAGAAGUGGGAUGCACUAGUUAUCAAACUGGAAGUAGUAGACAGAGAUGUCAACACAGGGUCAGAAGUUGUACACUGGGCAACACAUUUUCCUUAUCCUAUGUACUCAAGGGAUUACGUUUAUGUGCGUCGCUAUGAUGUUGAUAUUGAGAACAACUUGAUGAUUCUAGUAUCCAGGGCUGUUGAACAUCCUAGAGUUCCAGAGUCGCAGGAGUUCGUGAGGGUCCACUCAUAUCAAUCAAAGAUGGUAAUUCGUCCACACAAGUCAUUUGAUGAGAAUGGAUUUGAUUACCUGCUAACAUAUAGUGAUGACCCACAAACUGUGUUUCCUCGUUAUUGUGUGAGUUGGAUGGUAUCAAGUGGCAUGCCUGAUUUCCUGGACAAGUUGCAUGUUGCCACUCUCCAUGCCAAGAACCUGGAAGUGGGGAUCCAUGACUAUGCAGGAGUCAUAAAAUCCAGCGACAAAAACCGACAGCCUUCUCAGGAGCGCCUUACUGGAGAAAACCCACACACAGGUGGCUCUGGGCAAAUCUAUGCUUAAAAUUAGCCUUUUUCUAUCUCAAGGGCAGUGUUUAUACAUCAUCAAACUCUUCCAUCUUUAAUACUGUGCAAGUCGUUUACCUGAACACAAGAGUAUUUCUUCAAUUUUGAGGAGAAAGUUGUUUCCAUCCUUUAGAAUUAAGUUGAACAUGUGGAGGUACACACUGUCCAUUAUGUUGCCAUGAAAAAUCUGGUUUACGACUUCUGAUUUUGGCAGUGUUUUAUUUACUCAGCCAUUUAAUGCCAACAGUGCCAACAAGGUAUUGGUGUUAUGUUGGUUGAGAAAAUGAUGCCUGCACUGCAACCUUUUGUAAGAUUGCGCAGAAAUUCCUACUUGUAGAAAUGCUAAUGCCAAAACACUGUGUGUGUUUAAAUGUUCCAAUCUUUUUUUGUUUGAGAGGUUGUGACUUAAGAUAGGCAGGCAACUCUGUAUAUCUAAUGUGAUUUCAGCCAUAGCAGUGGCUACUGUUUUGAAUUAAGCAUAAAGCAACUAA